UUUCAAUAUUUCGCAGUUUGCGCUGGGGAGUUGUGAGGGAGGGUUGUGAAAAUGACUGGCGUGGAUGAAAUAUUAAAUUAUCGUAGAAAUCCUGACGACGAUUUUUACGCGCUGUUGGGUUGCGACGAAAACUCUAGCGUGGAGCAAAUAACUGCGGAGUACAAAGUGCUUGCUCUGCAAUACCAUCCUGAUAAGAAUGAUGGGGAUAAGGAUGCUGAAGCAAAGUUUCAAAAAUUAAAGGAAGCAAAGGAGACUUUGUGUGAUCCUUCAAAGCGAGCUCUGUACGACAAGUGGAGGCAGAGCGGCAUUGCCAUGGGCUACAAGCAGUGGCUAGGCAUGAAGGAGCAUGUCCAGCAGUCAAUGCAUUGGUCUAAACCGAAUACCAAGGACCGCAUGCUGGAGGGGGAGUCCGGCCGCGCCUCGGGGCCGUCCAGUUUGGGCCCGACCAACUCUGCGGCUCGACGUGCCUCUGAGGGCGGUGCAGCUCUGUGGGGACGCUGGGGCGGCGGCAACCAAGAGCCGCCCUCUGAAGUCAUCUCCAAAUUCCGCAACUACGAAAUUUAAAUUUCGAAGUUGCAUUACCCCAUCCUGAUUAUUUGUUCUAGAAUGUUUUUUUUUGGGGCGUUUCGUUAUUGUUUCUUUGUUUUUAAUAUUCUUAUAAAGAGGUUAUUGUGCCAUAACCUCUUUAUAUUUUAUGAAUUAUUUAUAACUUAAAAUUAUGUACUUAAUAAUUGUUUAUGAUAUUGUAUUUCAUCACGACUAUGUGAUAAUUAAGCCAGGCUGUUGCUAUAGGUACUUGCCAUUUGACUUUUAUAAAUGUUUUCAAAAAUAUUAUAUAAAUAUAAAUUAAUGUUAAGUAUGGAUAAAAUUAGUUAUAACACGGCACAUAUUCAUCAAGUCAGCUCAAGGAAUGUUACUCGAAUGUCACUCGAUAUCUUAAAAUUUUUCAGUGUUUAAUGUUGUCUCUGUAUUUUGUUGUAGCUUUAAGAUCGACGUUAGACGCCCCAACCCUUAGUGUUAAACACUCGUAGGAAUCCUUAGUUAUAAGGUGUGCACAUUCCUAACAAAACUUUUAAGUCUGAGAAAACAUUUCUGCUGUAGAACAAUAUGUUAGUGUCUUUAUAAGAAUCUCUAUGAUAUUUUAAAUAUAUUUUUUACCCUCUUUUAUAACUAUUUUCUUACUAUAAGUAUUGUAUUAUUUUUAACGAGAUGGAGAUUGGAAAUUGUUGUGAGUUGUAUACAGGGUAUCGUUGAGAGACAGGGCUUUAAUAUUAUUUUAACACAAUGCGACCUAUUUACGUUUGACUAACUCGUGAGGACUCUUCGUCCCAAACAUGAAUGUUGUGUUCCCCGAUAGAUGUGUAGAAAAUAUAGUUAUAUAUAUGUUAAAUGUUUGAUCAGUAUUUACUUUGGAUGUUUUCAAAUCAAAUAUAUAAAUGUUGAAUGUAGCAACUAUAUAAAUAAAUUUUAAUGUCGAUGAGAAUCUCAAGAUCGCAAUGCCAAAUAUUUAUUAUAUUUAUUUUUGAUGUCAAUGAUCUAAAAAGAAUAAA